UCUGCGAAGAGGAAGCGUCCUACACACAGCUCGGCGGUGUUCCAUGCGGUAAUCUCAGCAAUGCUCCGGGGCUGUGAGAGCUUGAUUCGGCUUGUUGGGAAGCGGCAGCGCAAUGUGUCACUCCCGGCUCGGGAAGAGUUGGAGUGCGGUGAUGUUUCGCUGGAAAUAAAAGGAGGCCUGAGCUUAGCUUGUUGUGACUGGGUGGAAUGCCCUGUGUGUGGGAAGCAAAUACGCGGGAAUGAACUUCUCGUCAACUGCCAUCUUGAUACUUGCCUGCAAAGUGGGAAGAAAAAGAAGAACAGUGUCCAGCAUACACUCUUUCACUUCAACUUGUCGAAAAAGAUAGAGUACGAGGAAAGCGGAAACUGCGUACUGGAAAUCCAGCAGUCUCCUCCGCUCGAGACUGGGGUCGACUGUAACCCGGCGGCAGGGUCUCCGAAACCGGAAGUGUCUUCUACUCUUGAAAGCUUUGAGGAGCCCGACGUGGCCAACGGCGUCCUUCCGGCAGAGCUCAACAGUGAAACUAGAGAUCUUUACAAUGGCUGCCUGGAGGCAAGGAUUGCUGGCCGCAAGUACCACAGAGACGUCGAGUGCCAAGCUGGGAUGCGAGUUCACCUGGUAAGGGAACCAGAAAAUCCCAUGGAUACAUACGCUGUGAAGGUGGUUACAGCGGAUGGGCUUUCGCUGGGACAUAUUCCAAAAGAGCUUUCGCGUUAUUUGUCUCCUCUCAUGGACAAAGCCGUGGUAGAUGUUCAGGGAUAUGUCUCUGAGAGUACAUCGGAAGCUGCACGCCUCAAGCUUGAUUUCCGUGAGAUCCAGAGUCGGACUAUUGGAAGUCUCUCAGAAGAAAAAGUGCUGGCUGUCAAAUGGAGCCGUCUGAUGGAUGCAGCUGACAAGGGACAAGACCACGGCUGUCGAUACCAACAGAAUUUUCUCUACAUGCUCCAAGUUGUAUUGGAACAGGAUCUCCAUCUCUUUACUCCAGACGAGAUCGAACUUCUCGAGGCAUUUCGUUCAAUCUCGUCUGAUGGACAGCGCCUUUUGCUAAGAUUGGCUCAACGCCGUCGACGCCGUCGCACAAACUGUGACUCAAGGGAGACAGUGGUUUUGCAGGGCCAUGGUUCCGUCUUCAGAACAUCUUCUAUGAAGAUAUUGGUGACACAAAUUCUGCAGUCCAUGAGUUAGUCGGUACUCAGUUUCUUUCAUCGUGUACUUCAUAAUAUGUUUGCUCCCUUGUAACAGAGAGACGCUACUUAGUUUUC